AUGGGGGAGCCUAUCUGGACUCGAGUCGGCCACGCUAUCGCAAAGGGCUUGCGCAUUGAUCUGGGCCCUGUCCCACCGCCCAUCGAGACGGAGGGCGUGUAUUCGUACUUUGAGCAGGAGCCCACGGCGGCCGAUUGGUUCCGUGGUCACACGCCCACUGUUCCACAGGUGCGUCGCUAUGUGUGGAACAUGUUUCCGUUUCUGCAUUGGAUCGGAUACUACAAUCUGCAGUGGUUGGCGGGAGACUUGGUCGCAGGCAUUACGGUGGGCGUGGUGGUGAUUCCCCAGGGUAUGGCUUAUGCCGAGCUGGCAAAGCUGCCUCCAGAGUAUGGUCUAUACUCUUCCUUCAUGGGCGUUUUGAUCUACUGGUUUUUUGCAACUUCCAAAGACAUAACCAUUGGGCCGGUGGCGGUAAUGUCAACCCUCAUGGGCUCAAUCCUCAUCAGGGUUCAGGCUGUGCAUCCCGAUAUUCCAGGUCCGACCAUUGCUUCGGCGCUGGCAAUUAUCUGCGGUGCUAUUGUCUUACUGCUUGGGUUGCUUCGUCUCGGAUUCAUCGUUGACUUCAUUCCCCUCCCGGCCAUCACUGCUUUCAUGACCGGUUCCGCCAUCAAUGUCUGUGCUGGUCAGGUCAAGACUGUGCUUGGAGAAAAGGCAAAUUUUUCGACCCGUGGAGCUACAUACAAAAUCAUCAUUGAUACGCUGAAGCAUCUUCCAUCUGCGAGAAUGGAUGCCGCGAUGGGUCUCACAGCUUUGGCAAUGCUGUACGGCAUUCGGGCUGCAUGCAACUAUGGCACGAGAAAGCAGCCACAGAGGGCGAGGCUUUUCUUCUUUCUAUCGACGCUGAGAACUGCUUUCGUGGUCCUCUUCUACACCAUGAUCAGUGCGGCAGUGAACCUACACCGACGUGACCACCCUGCCUUCAAGUUGCUUGGGAACGUCCCGCGUGGAUUCAAAGCUGCAGGCGUGCCUAAAAUUGAUAUCGCGAUCAUCAAAGCCUUUGUCAGUGAGCUUCCUGCCGCAUGUAUCGUCCUGUUGAUUGAACACAUCGCCAUCUCGAAGUCCUUCGGCCGUGUCAACAAUUAUACGAUCGAUCCAUCUCAAGAGUUCAUUGCAAUCGGUAUCUCAAAUCUACUCGGUCCAUUCCUCGGCGCAUAUCCAGCUACCGGAUCAUUCUCGCGCACGGCAAUCAAGGCAAAAUGUGGCGUGCGGACCCCUCUAGCAGGUGUCAUCACUGCUGUCGUCGUUCUUCUCGCCAUAUACGCCCUGCCAGCGCUGUUCUUCUACAUUCCGAAAUCCUCUCUAUCAGCCGUGAUCAUUCACGCGGUAGGUGAUCUCGUGACACCACCAAGCAUAACCUAUCAAUUCUGGCGUGUCGCUCCCCUCGACGCCGUCAUCUUCCUCGUGGGUGUGAUCGUGAUAAUUUUCUCAACUAUCGAAACAGGAAUCUAUGUCACGAUCUGUGUUUCCCUCGCCGUCUUGCUUUUCCGUCUCGCAAAAGCCAGAGGACAAUUCCUCGGCUACACACAAGUGUGCUCUGUUGUCGGUGAUAACGCCCUCAAAAACGGAGAAGGCUUCAAAGAAGACCCCGCCUCGUUCAGGAGAAUCUACCUUCCAGUCGACUACCAAGGCGGCAUCAACCCCCGCAUUAGAAUCCACCAUGCAAGCCCCGGGAUCUUCAUCUACAGAAUCUCCGACGGCUUUAACUAUCCAAACGCUAGCCAUUACACUGAGAAUCUAGUCAGCCACAUUUUCACUACAACCAGACGUACCAAUCCACAAGCAUGGGGAACCCCCGGAGAUCGACCAUGGAAUGACCCAGGUCCCACGCGCUCAGAGAGAAAGGCUCUACUGGCCAACGAGAUCCCUAUCUCACCACUUCCAACUCUCAAAGCUGUUAUUCUGGACUUUGCCGCCGUCAACAACGUUGAUGUAACCUCGGUGCAGAAUCUCAUCGACGUCCGGAAUCAGCUGGACCGCUGGGCCUCGCCGGAUCGCGUGCAGUGGCAUUUCGCACACGUGCAGAAUCGAUGGACGAAGCGGGCUCUUGCAGCUGCUGGGUUCGGCUGGCCAGCUGUCUCUGAUGGGUCUGUAGGAUGGCAAAGGGCUAUCUUUGAUGUAGCGGAGGUGAUGGACGGGGCUCUAUGUUCGUCGACCGGAUUGCACGUGGAGAAAAAGGACCUUGAGGUUGGUGUGGAGGCACAGGAGAACAGUGCAUCCUCUUCAUUCCGUGACUCGGGGGAUGACACUCCAAUUGUUCGGAGGCAGGGUGGGAUGGGUGAUUCUCGCCGGGUACGCAUGGCUGUUGUAGAUGGGAUCAAUCGGCCUUACUUCCAUGUUGAUUUGACGAGUGCCUUGAAGAGCGCGAUGGAAGAAUGA